AUGAAAUCUCAGGAGCUAAUAUCAUUGCCCGAUAUUGGUCAACGUUUAGCUGAUAAAAUUUUGGAAAUAAUCGAAACAGGUGGUCUAUGGAAACUAGACGAAUUUCAAACAGAUAAUGACAUAACAACAAUGAAUUUAUUUGGGCAGGUUUGGGGAACAGGACCUGCAGCUGCGAAAAAAUGGUUUGAUCAAGGCUUUCGAACAUUAGAUGAUUUACGUACAAAAGCAAAAUUAACCCACAAUCAAAUAAUUGGAUUAAAAUAUUAUGAUGAAUUUUUGGAGCGUAUACCACGUGAAGAAGUGUCAGAAAUAGAAAAAGUGGUUUCUGAUGCUGUUCAAGUUCUUCGUCCGGGAGUUAUUAUUCAAACGUGCGGUUCUUAUCGUCGUGGUAAAGCGUCUUGUGGCGAUGUUGAUGUUUUAAUCUCUCAUCCGGAUGGUGUAUCUCAUGAAUAUUUGUUUUAUCCAUUAGUUGAUGGUUUAAAAUUAUGUGGAUUUCUGACUGACGACUUAAUGUAUUCGGAAAAAGUUGAUGAAGAGCCAGGAUCACAUAUGAAAUAUUGUGGUGUGUGUCUAUUACCGGGUGAAGGAAGAAAGCAUCGUCGAUUAGAUAUAAUUAUUGUUCCUUAUCAGGAAUAUGCUUGUGCUCUUCUCUAUUUUACUGGUUCCACAUUAUUCAAUCGUUCAAUGAGACAUUUAGCAGAUGGAAUGAAUUUGUAUUUAUCGCAACAUCGAUUGAAUACGGGAAUUAUUAGAAAUGGCAAAACAAAGAUUAAUCUCGGUACUCGUUUACCAACACCCACAGAAGAAUCUAUAUUUAAUUAUUUGAAUUUGCCUUAUCGUCCGCCGCAUGAACGAGAUCAUUAG